AGAACACCUACUCUCCAAGCCCUUUGUCCAACUUUUUGAUCUUGCUUUCCUUUAUGUUGAUCUUUUCUCCAUUCUCCCUUUCUUACAACGACCUUCAUUAAUUCCCCCCUUCUCGCUUUGUCCCAGUACUUAUUUCGAGCCCCUGAAAGGGCCGUCUCUUUCACCAGAAUUGGGCCCAGCUUAAUAUCGCCAGUCACUGACGUCCACUGCAGUGCCUCCUCCCCAUUCCAAACGAGUACGCAGGUCGUCGCAAGAGAACCAGUCAUGCUUCUACCAAUCCUCUGACCACGCGCGUCCAAUAAUACAAUACCUUGCCUCUCCACGCAGAAAAUAAAAGGAUUCCCGCAAGAGAAUCAAGCAUAAUACAAAAUGUCGUUGAACGAUACACUAAAUCUCGGGGGGAACACCACCGCAGCAGAACAGAAAAAUGGGCAAAGCGCUGGUCAAUUCGCUGCUUCCUUGGUCACUGCCAUAGCAGUAUUCGGGAUCCAGAUCGGAUUGUUUCUCGUCAUCAAGGACCGCUUCGCUAGAAUAUACCAGCCUCGGACAUACCUUGUCCCAGAAAGAGAAAGGACCAACCCAUCACCGCCAGGCUGGUGGAAGUGGAUAAAGCCCGUGGCUUCUACCUCCAACUCUGAAUUCGUCCAAAAGUGUGGCCUGGACGCCUAUUUCUUCCUGAGAUAUUUGCGUACGCUGCUCAAGAUCUUUGUCCCCGCCGCCUUGGUCAUCUUGCCCGUUCUCAUUCCCCUCAAUCUGGUCGACGGUCGUGGGGCACAAUUUGCACUCGGGAAAAACGAAAACUCAAGUAACGUCACGGGCCUGGAUCAGCUUGCCUGGGGCAAUGUCGCUCCUAACCACACUGGCCGAUAUUGGGCUCACUGGCUCUUGGCCUUGGGUUUGAUUGUCUGGAUAUGCUAUGUGUCUUUCGACGAACUACGCAACUACAUCCGCAUGCGGCAGGCUUACUUGACAUCUCCACAACAUCGUCUGCGUGCCUCUGCUACCACUGUCCUGGUGAGCUCGAUCCCUCAGAAGUGGUGCACUGUCGAGGCCCUCGACGGCCUCUACGACGUUUUCCCCGGCGGGCUUAGAAACAUCUGGAUCAACAGAAAUUUUGACGAGCUCAGUGACAAGAUCAAACGGCGCGAUAAGCUCGCUAAGACUCUAGAAGAAGCCGAGACCGAGCUCAUCAAGAAAUGUUUCAAAAAGCAUGAGGAGAAUGUCGCCAAAGCAGAGAAGGAGGCUGGCAAGAAACUCACUAAGGAGGAAAAGAAGCUGCGAGCUACCAUUAGAAAUGAAGCCGGUGAUCGGGCAGCCCAUGGCCACGGCACCACAACCGGAAAUCCUCAUCAGAUCGAGCAUAACCUUCACGAUGUCAUUCACGGUCAUCAAACUGGCUCCCCCUCGGAGUCAAGCGAUGACGAGGAAGAAGAGACCUCCGAGCCUCAACGGGACCGAUUCAAUAUCCCCAUAAUUGGCGGAGGCAUUUCUGCGGUCACUCACGGUUUGGACAAAGUGGGCAAAGGGUUAUUGGGAGGCAUUCGGGGAGUCAACAAAGGAGUCAAUGACACCCUCGACACCACCAAUGGCUUCGUGGCGACGGAUGCUGAACGAAAGGAAAUGGGCCGGAGCUCUCACGAUGAGGACGACGAUGAAAGUGCCAGCCCUGCGACACCAAAGAACCGCAAGGCCUUUGGCCAGCCGCGAACAACAGGUGCCAAAGAUGCCUCCGCAAAGAAUGCGAGCUCACUUGGUGACCGAGGAAGGUCGAUGGAGAAGUCACCUCGCGACCCACAUCCACCACAAAGCCCAAUCUCUCAAGGUAGUACAAUGGGGGGUGAAAAGGCUCGACCGGAAAAGCAAUUAACCAAAUUCGAAAAGUUCAAAAAAACCCUUGGUCUCGGGUCGGACGAGAAGGAACCUGUGGACUACCCGUCGGCGUUUGAAUGGAACUUUGAACACGACCCUGACGAUGCAGUCUGGCGACGGUAUUUAAGUGAAAAAGACCGUGAGACCAUGAGACUACCGAUAUUCGGCUGGCAAUGGAUGCCUUCGCUGCCUCUGAUGGGCGAAAAGGUUGACACGAUUCGAUACUGCCGGAAGGAGGUUGCAAGGCUCAAUGUCGAAAUAGAGGAUGAUCAAGCUCAUCCUGAACGGUUCCCUUUGAUGAAUUCCGCCUUUGUCCAGUUCAAUCAUCAGGUCGCAGCACACAUGGCCUGUCAAGCUGUCAGCCACCACCUACCCAAGCAGAUGGCUCCACGCUUGGUCGAGAUCGAUCCCAAUGAUGUCAUUUGGGACAACAUGUCAAUUCCAUGGUGGUCAGCGUACAUCAGAACUGGUGGGGUUGUUGCCAUUGUGGUUGGUAUGAUCAUCCUCUGGGCCAUCCCCAUCGCCUUUACGUCGGCUCUUUCACAGCUCGACACUGCUGCUAAGACGUGGACCUGGCUGCAUUGGGUUCUCAAAAUUCCUGCAUGGAUCCGGAGUGUCCUCCAGGGUGUGUUGCCAGCAACCUUGCUUGGUCUUCUGCUGUUUCUUCUCCCUCUGAUCCUCCGUUUCCUGGUACGAUGUCAGGGAACACCGUCUGGGAUGUUGGUGGAGCUCUCGGUUCAACGCUAUUACUUUUGCUUCCUGUUCGUCCAAUUGUUCUUGGUUGUCUCGAUCGCCUCAGCCUUGACCCAAUUCUUUGCGCUUUUCACAAGCGUAGACGGCUGGACAAACGUCCCAAGUCUCCUGGGUACCAACAUCCCCAAGGCCAGCAACUAUUUCUUCUCAUACAUGCUCCUCCAAGCCUUGUCAGUGAGUGCCGGAGCACUACUACAGGUCGGCUCACUCAUUGGAUGGUUCAUCCUUGCUCCUCUGUUUGACAACACAGCCCGAGCCAAAUUCGCGCGACAGACCCAAUUGCAAAACAUCCAAUGGGGAACGUUCUUCCCCGUGUACACGAAUCUGGCUUGCAUCGGUUUGAUCUAUUCCGUUAUCUCGCCUCUGAUUCUUCUUUUCAACAUCGUCACCUUCUCACUAUUUUGGUUCGUUUACCGGUACAACACCCUUUACGUCAACCGCUUUACUCGCGACACUGGGGGCCUCUUGUAUCCCAACGCCAUCAACUUCACCUUCGUGGGUGUCUAUGUGAUGGAGGUCGCUCUGAUCGGCAUGUUUUUCUUGGUCAGAGAUCAGCACGGGAAUGUCGCCUGCACGGGCCAAGCAAUCGGGAUGAUUGUGGUUCUCAUCCUGACCGCCGGCUAUCAGUUGCUUCUAAACAAUGCUUUCAGUCCGUUGUUUAGAUAUCUUCCUAUCACUCUCGAAGAUGACGCGGUUCGGCGCGAUGAGGAAUUUGCCCGAGCAAUGCAAAAGAAACAUGGACUCAUUGAGAAUGAAAAUGAAAAUGAGGAUCUUGAAGACCAGCUGGAGCGUAACGAGCGACAGUCGAUGGAAGAAGACCGCCAACAACAUGAUAUCGAACUUCAAGAUAUCGAAAAGGACAGACAGGACCGGCUUGGGAGGCAAAGGUCCCAGAAGUUGCCCGAUCUUGAGCCGUACGAGUUUCAGAAUCCAGAGAUUGCCAUGAAUUUAGACCAAGACAGCAGAGGCAUUCGAAUGAUGAAGGCAGCAGCCCAGAAGACAGCCGACAGGACUAAAGGCCUGGUGCCACGUACUAUUUCCCAAAGAGGCCAGCGCAAGUCCUGGGCCGACAGAGACAACGCCAGGAACCGACGAGCAUCGAACUUUGGUGAAUGGGAGAGUCCCUCACGAAGUAGAAGUCUAUCGCAGUCCGGAGGGGCGUUGAAGCAUCAGAAACACCAUCUGCAACAACCUAAGGAUGUCUUUGAUAAACUCAACAACUUUAACCCGGUGACGGGCACUGAAAAGGACGUUGAAGCACAACGCGCGGCUCGAAACCAGCUUGCUGACGCUCUCUUUGGAGGAGUCAAUGACGAAUUGGAGGAUCUGACACCCGAAGAGCGCGAUAAGCUCGUGCAGAGGGCUUUCCAGCAUAGUGCGCUCCGAGCCAGAAGGCCUGUCAUCUGGAUCCCCCGGGAUGAACUCGGUGUUAGCGACGACGAGGUGCACCGGAUGGGCCGCUUCAGCAGUCAUCUCUGGGUGAGCAAUGUUCGACAAGGCCUCGAUUCCAAAGGCCGUUGUGUUUACAGUGGCGCGCCACCUGAUUUCAGCGAGGUGGAUGUGAUCCAGCUCUAAAUGCUUGCAUCAGGGCACUAUGAUGAAGUCGCCGAAUGAUGAAAGCAGUUGCCAACCUUAGCGAGGCGUUUUGAACCCCUGGUCAGUGGGGGCGAUUUGUUACAAAGUGAGUGGGGAGGAACUGUGUGGAAAACCACGCACCGUUGAUGUCCAUAGAGCUCUGAUGAUACCAUUCGAAUCCCUGUAACAAUAUUGAGAAUAAAACGUUCAUGAC